ACAGCCGUUAACUCAUACACACGUACCGGGGACUGUACAAGGUGUGGGAUGACCCAGGGCCAAUAGGUAGGAGUUCUCCAGACACACGACGAAAUCACAACGUGUAAGUUGUAUCAGCUGACCUGGAUAGUACAGAUUCUAAGUACGAAAAUGCUGAGAAAUGGUUCCUUUUGUAUAUUGUUCAUUACCUGGCAUAUUUCCCAUUCAGUGAUCUUUCGAAACUUUUCCUGUAUCACCUACAACUGGGACAUAAACUUGACAUGCAAUUGGAGCGAACCUACAGACUAUGGCAGUGAUUUAACUACGCAUGUUACCUGGAUAUUUGAGGGUCAAAUACAAGAACAAUUGAAAUGUCCCAUCAGCACCAGGGCGUCAUGCAGCUGGGGUUUGGGUGGAGGUGAUGGAAGUUUUGAUGUUGACCCGGACAGACGAAUAUCAGUGUGUCUUCAACUUACAACAACAGAUGACGUUCCCAUGUCUGUGAAGGAGUGUCAUUCCAUUGAUAUUGCUGACAAAGUAAAACCGGCUGUCGUAAGCUACGUACACGCCAGAGCAACUCCGCCAUUAUGUCUGAACAUAUCCUGGAACCAUGAAAACAACAUUGAUCCAAAGAAAUACGAGCUAAAACUUUUGUCGGAACGGGAAGAAAUCGUUACUGAUGUUGGCUCCAAGACGGAUAAAUGGCCAGAGUAUCACCAUGAUGAGGAAUCCUACCAUGUUUGUAAUCUAUCUUAUAACACCCAGUACACAAUAUCAGUGAGGACCAGACCUCUAAACUUCGAUGGUGUCCCUACCGGAUACUGGAGUAAUCCAACAACGAUGGACGUGGUAACCCGUAAAAGUGUUCCAUCGAGAUCACCGUCUCUUUUACCUGGUGCAUUUACACUAUCUCCUACCAAUUUUAAGGGGUACAGAAGUGUCACUGUCUACUGGUCGGCUCUUCCUCGAGAUUCCUGGAAUAGUGAUAAUCUGACAUACGUUAUUAAAGCGAGUACUGCGGAGCCUUGUUCACAGCAAACUCUGAAUCUCCUUCACCUGGAAGCCUCAUCACAAUUCGAAAUCCUUUCCAACUGUUCCUACAACAUAUCAUUAUGGGCGAGAAAUGAAAUCGGCCUGGCAUAUCAACCAAGCAAGAUGUACAUAGGAAAUAAGGGACCCAAGCAUCCCGAGGACGUCUUCAUCAACGCAGCAGAAAAUUCUGAAUUAGUCGAAAUAUCAUGGAAGCACUAUGCUGAAGCGAAUUUGAUCACUAUUUACUGGUGCCAAUCUAAUCCAGCAAGAUCAUGUACUAAUGAUUUUAAUCACAAAAUAGUCAGCACUACCCAGGACAGCACGUGUGUUUCCCUAAAAGGAUCUCCUGUUCUGACAUACAUAUUUGGAGUGUCUGCUGAAAUAAUAAGAAAUGGACGGACCGUCAGCAGCGGAUUUUAUUGGACUGAUUGUUCUACAAUUCUCCCUCGCACUCUCAAAUCACCAAGAAUACAUUUUCGUGGCUUUCCGAAGGAGAGAAAGGUGUCAGUCUCGUGGAUAUAUCCCUACUGUAAUGCUCUGAUCAUUAGGAAACUGGAAGACAGUGCAGAAUACCAAAUCAUUAUACACACUUCUUCCGAACAAUACAACCGGACUUUGCCGGGAAAUACCAACUCUGUCCUUCUCCAUAACAUCCAUCCCGGUGAAAAGGUGUGUGUUACAGUGGCAGCCAGAUUAAACGAAAUGCCAGAACACGUCAGCCCCGUCAAGUGUUAUAUACAGGGAGAACAAGGAGGAAGCGAUUUUCCAUCGACAAUUGUUAUUAGCGUGUUGUGUAGUGUAAUAGGACUAUGUGUCGUUAUUGGAUCGGUCUGCCUAACGAGGACAAUCUGCAGAUGGUGGAGACGACAAGUCCCAGUCAGUUUACCAGAACUCAGGGUACACUAUUACGUCUUACCUUUGGGCGCCACGGAAAUGCUGAUGCAAGUAAGUAUCCAUUGUAUAAAUUCGCUGAUACGGGACAAAACGAUGAAAUAAAUUAAGAAGAAAUCAAUGCGCGGAGAACCAGAUAAAUAUACAGUUUGACCAAGCCUGUACAGAUACUAUUUGAUAAUUGAUAACUUCUCUUAAAUAUCACCAUUAGCAAAAUAGACCGGUGAAAUGCUCACUGGCUUUGAUUUAAACGUACGAACUUGUCAUACCAAAUCGAUAUUACAUAGAAAGUGAGUUACAAGCAUCACGAUAAUUAGUAUAGCAGGCCAGGUCUGGUUAGAAAAUUACAUACUUCACAACAAUUAGUCAAAUAGGCCACGUGAAAACGCCAUAAAACUAUAUAUGUAGUAAGGAAAUGUACAAUGUACGUAUCACAGUAAGAACAGAAACUUAAUACAAAUCAUGGGAUUAUUAAAAAAGAGUUAAAUUACGAUCCUAGUGAAUUUGUAUUACUGAACAUCGAGACAAGCCCCUGUUGCCAAAGAAAAACUUUAUAUAACAAGGAAGGAAUCGUACUUUAAUUAGCAUAACCAAGUUACAAAUAUGUUGUAGUAUCAGUUAGACAACUAGGUUACAAAUGUUUUGUAUUAUGAGUUACAAAUGUUUUGUAGUAUUAGUAACACAACGUGGUUACAAAUGUUUUGUACUAUAUAUAUAUAUUUGUAUGAGCAACAUUGCCAAGUUUGAAAAUUUGUUUUUUCUUUUAAUGUAGACCAGCUAGAUUCCAUGACAGUUAUAAGAUGACUUUAUGAAGAAACUACCGUUUCCACAAAUACCAGUAAAUCGCAGGUGUACUACAGAUAUCGAUUGUAUCGUGUCCUUGCCCAAGGUGCCUUACACUAUUUGAUGCAUUUGUGUGAGAUGAUUGACAAAACAUUUUACACGAGACAAGUACCGCGUGUGAUGUGAUGUCAAAUAUCCCCGGAAUUAUUACUUGGAACAUUAUAUAAAUGGCAGCUCACUGAUUUCUGUUGUCGAUGUGGAUGUGUUUUGUCGAAUGCUGCCAUUUUAGUAUUCUUCUUUUUCAUGUGUGACGACUACCACCUUUUAAUUGCAAGAAAGAAAAGAUGUAUUUGUGACUUUACUCAUACAAGUAUAUGUUAAUAUUUUCCCAGUUGAUAUAUUUUUUAUAUUGUUUCGGUACGUUGCGAUGAAUCAUUUCAAUCAGGCAUAUCUAUUGUUAAAAGAAAAUAUAUGUCCUUGUUCUUAAGCCCCCUAAACGAUUUGGAGAAUUUCAUGGUAUAGUCCCUUAAUAUUUUGCGCUAUAUGCAAGUCUCCCAAACGAAGAACUUAACUCGAUUUCAUCUUAUUUAGUGACAUUAACACUUUCAGCCAAUGUUGACACCGUAUCCUGGACCCUGCUGGGUUAAAUUGUUAAAAAAAAGUUUAUUCUCAUUACAAUAACUUGAUAUCCAGAAUCUAAAACGAUGCGGAUACAUUUCUUCAUUUUCAUUAAAUCCCUCGAAACGCAAUUUUAAAUAAUAACUGUUAUUGUUUCCUUGCUUAAUAUUAAGUGUUAUUGUUCUUUUACUUUAUAAUAAGUGUUUUGUUCUCUUGCUUAAUAAUAAUUGUUCAUAUAUUA